AUGGCUACCAGCAUAGAUCUGGAGAAGCAAAAGACGCAUAAUCAGCAUAUCGAGAAGCUUCCCCAACUCGAACGGGUGGACAAUCUCUCACAGGAUAGCGAAAAGCCCGUCUCCACAGAUUACGCUGGCGCACAUGCGAAGACAGAUCCCGAGGAGAUCAAAUUGGUGCGCAAGCUGGACACAUGGAUCACGCCGACGCUGUUCUCGAUGUUCUUUUUGAACUAUCUGGACCGCAAUGCUAUCGCUCUGGCACCACUAGAUGGCAUCAAAGAUGAACUCAAUCUCACUGGUAGUGAGUUCCAGACCUGCGUCUCGAUCCUCAACGUUGGCUAUCUGCUUGGCCAAGUACCCAGCAACAUGAUCAUUACGCGGGUGAGACCUUCACUCUAUGUGCCAGGCUGCAUGGCUGCGUGGGCUGUGGUCAGUACGCUCACCUGCGUUGCAAACGACUUCAAAGGCUUGGUGCUCUGCAGAUUCUUCCUCGGCAUCACGGAGGCUCCCUUCAUACCAGCGGCAAUGUAUCUCCUCUCGGUCUUCUACACUCGCAAAGAGCUGGCGAUGAGAGUAUCGCUGCUCUUGUGUGGUAGUGUGCUGUCUACAGCCUUUGCCGGUCUCAUUGCACUCGGUAUAUUUGAGUUGGGAGGCCAGUCUGGGCUCACGGGCUGGCGUUGGAUGUUCCUGAUCCAGGGAGUGAUCACUUUUGCGGUAGCAGUAGGCUCUGCUUUCACUCUGCCAGACGAGCCAUUAACGACGAAAUGGCUCACUCCAGAACAACGCACCCUUGCCCACAACAGGAUCCUCGACGACACGGUCGAAGCACAAGCCAGCACUAGCAGCUGGCAAGGUCUGAAAGAUGCCGCCAAAGACUCAAGACUAUGGAUCUUCACCCUCGCGUUGCAUGCAGAACGUGUCACGUUGAGCUUCAAGAACUUCCUACCGCAAGUCAUCGAGACCCUAGGCUUCGACCGUGCCAUAACCCUAGCACUCAUCUGCCCACCAUACCUCGUCGCAGUCUUCGUAAUGGUCGGCUGGUCCUGGAGCUCCGGGCAUUUCAACGAGCGGACCUGGCACAUCUUCAUCGGCAAGUCCGUCGCAGCCAUCGGGUUUAUAAUCGCAGCUGCGACCAUGAACCUGGGAGCUCGAUACUUUGCCAUCAUACUCUUUGUAGGGUCUAUCAAUGCCGUCGAUGGCAUCCUCUUCGGCUGGAUCGCCGUGACUUGCGGCCAGACGAAGGAGAAGAAAGCAUCAGCGCUUGCUCUGUCAAACGCUAUUGCCACUGCCGCCAUGAUUUGGAGCCCGUACUUGUACACUGACAAGCCCCAAUACGUGAAGCCGAUGGUGACGAAUGCAUGUCUUUCAGUGUUUGUGGCGGCUUGUGCUCUGCUACUGAAGUGGAUGCUCAAACGAGCGAACAAGAAGUUGAAGGAGCAGAAUGCUGAGGCUUAUUUGUUUUACGCUUACUAG